UAACGGGAGUAACGGAUACAGCUUCGUUGGCAGGAGCAGCUGCAAUGGCUUCGUUUUCCUCCUCCCCAUCAUCCCUGUCCCUGGCGGCGCUCGUGGGGGAGACGGUGAUGACACCGUCAGGCCAGGCCAACGUCAUCUACCUGGCUGUGAAUGAGAGCAGCCCGGGCAGCCUUCUACUGCAGCUGUGUGAGCUGCUGGCCACCACACCACUACAGGGUUUGGUGUUUGAGGAGGAGAGACCACCGCCGCCAAACCGCGCCCCUCUGGCUCCGAUGCUGGAGUUUGUCUCGGCCCAGACGGGGGUUCCCGUGGUUGCUGUCGGGGGAGGAGCCAGCCUGGGUCGAGAGCCACAGGAGAGCGGCUCCAUCUACCUCCAGUUCACCUGCUCCACUUCGCUCCAGCUCGAGGUCAUCUUCGAGGUGCUCGAAGAGUACGACUGGACCGCCUUCUCCGUGGUGACCACCCGUCACCACGGCUACGAGGACUUCCUGGCCAUGGUGGAGGGUAUGACGGACGGUUCGUUCAUCGGCUGGGAGAAGAAAAGCGUGGUGAUUCUCAACGUGACAGACGACCCCGGUGGGGCGCGAACCAAACGGCUGCUCAAAGACAAUGAAGCACAGGUCCGUCUGCUGUACUGCUCCCUGGAGGAGGCCGAGCUGGUUUUCCGCGCGGCCUGGGCGGCGGGUCAGGCCGGGCCCAGUCACAUGUGGUUCGCCGUGGGGCCGGCCCUGUCCGGUUUGGGCCUGGAGGGUUUGCCCAAGGCCUUGUUCGCCAUCCGGCCGCAGGGAUGGAGGGACGAGCCGCGCAGGCGCAUUGCCAAGGGCGUCUCUGUGCUCACCCACGGAGCAAUGGCACUGCGGAGGGACCAGGGGGCCACCAGCCGGUCGCAGUACGCAGGCAACUGCCAGAGUGACGGUAACCAGACCCAUCGAGUGCCAGACAGGAUCAGGUACUUCACCAACAUAUCUAUCGGUGGGCGGGAUUAUUCCUUCAACAGUGACGGCUACCUGUCCAACCCGCUGCUCGAUGUCAUCUCCUACACCAAUGGGAGAGGCUGGGAAGAGGUUGGAUGGUGGGAGAACGGACACCUGCGUUUACGUUACCACCCCUGGUCUCGUUACGGCUCCUUCCUGAAGCCUCUGGAUGACUCCCAGCACCUCAGAGUGGUCACCCUGGAGGAGAGGCCCUUUGUCAUAGUGGAGCCCGCAGACCCGGGAACCAGCUCCUGCAUCCGGGACUCUGUACCCUGCCGCAUGCCUGUCAACUCCAGUUUGGUGGUGGAUGGCACCGGGCCCAUGAAGCACUGCUGCAAAGGGUUCUGCAUCGACGUCCUGAAGCGUCUCGCUAAGAUCGUGGGCUUCACCUACGACCUUUACCUGGUGACGAACGGCAGGCACGGAAAGAACAUUGAUGGGGAGUGGAACGGCAUGGUCGGAGAGGUGGUAUCCAACAGGGCUGACAUGGCCAUAGGCUCCCUCACCAUCAACGAAGAGAGGUCAGAGGUCGUGGAGUUUUCCGUCCCGUUCGUGGAGACCGGCAUCAGCGUCAUGGUUUCCCGCAGCAACGGCACCGUAUCGCCUUCUGCUUUCCUUGAACCCUACAGCCCAGCGGUGUGGGUGAUGAUGUUCGUGAUGUGCCUGUCGGUGGUGGCUGUCACCGUCUUCAUCUUUGAGUUCUUCAGCCCCGUGGGAUACAACCGCAGCCUGCAGAGCGCCAAGAAGUCGGGUGGAUCUAAGUUCACCAUUGGGAAGUCGGUAUGGCUGUUGUGGGCGCUGGUCUUCAACAACUCUGUGCCUGUGGAGAAUCCAAGAGGAACCACCAGCAAGAUCAUGGUGCUGGUGUGGGCCUUCUUCGCUGUCAUUUUCCUGGCCUCCUACACUGCCAACCUGGCUGCCUUCAUGAUCCAGGAGGAGUACAUCGACACGGUGUCAGGGCUGUCGGAUAAGAAGUUCCAGCAGCCGACGGAGCAGUACCCGCCGCUGCGUUUCGGCACGGUGCCAAACGGCAGCACCGAGGAGAACAUCCGCUCCAACUACCCCAACAUGCACCAGUAUAUGAUCCGCAACAACCAGAAGGGUGUGGAGGAGGCCAUUGACAACCUCAAGACCGGGAAAUUGGAUGCCUUCAUUUAUGACGCCGCGGUGCUGAACUAUAUGGCCAGGAAGGACGAGGGCUGCAAGGUGAUGACCAUCGGCUCGGGUAAGGUGUUUGCCACCACAGGCUACGGCAUCGCCCUGCACAAGAACUCCCGCUGGAAACGUCCACUGGACCUGGCGCUGCUGCAGCUGGUUGGAGACGAUGAGAUUGAUAUGUUGGAGCGUCUCUGGCUGUCCGGUAUCUGCCACAACGAUAAGAUUGAGGUGAUGAGCAGUAAACUGGACAUCGACAACAUGGCGGGGGUCUUCUACAUGCUGCUGGUGGCCAUGGGCCUCAGCCUCCUGGUAUUUGCCUGGGAGCAUCUGGUGUACUGGAAGCUGCGGCACUGUGUGAAGCGAUCUGGUGGGAUGGACUUCCUUCUGGCUCUCAGCAGGGGGAUGUACAGUUGCUGCCAGUUUGAGGAUGAGACGGCACCAGGAGGCAGCAAAAGCUCUUUGCCCCAGUAUCACACCGUGACCACCAUGCCUACUGCACCCCAACAACACCUCGUUACAGCCACAGUGAAUAACACAACUGCCAUUGCCAUGGUGCAGCAGCAACAGCAGCAGAAGCACCAUCAGCCGCAGCAACAGGGGCAGACCUAUACAUCCAUGCUACCCGGAUCACCGCCAACUACGGGACACUCGGCAAUGGCUCUGGGUCCCUCAAAUAGCCCCUUGCUGGAAGGCCCCAUGCCCUGCUCCACCUUCUUGCCUCGCCACGACCGCAGACUCGCUGUAGUGGAUCGCUGGAACAGGCCAAAGCCGGAGAAAGUCAUGAGCGCAGGCAGUGCUGGAGGAGUGGGCAUUGGGGGGAUAGCAGGAGGGAUCACUGAACUCCAGGCCCAGCAGCAGUAUCAACAGAACCUUGGACAGCACUGGACCCUGCAAGGGGGAGUUGCAGGUGGAACAGGGGGAGGAGGUGACACAGGGCUAGAUGAAUAUAAGCGCUACUAUGGACCUAUAGAUCCAGAAGGGCUGGGAACUAGCUCGGACCAACAGGCAGGGGGCCCCCAACAGACUCCCAAAGCUAAUCCUCGAGGCCCCAAAGCCUCAGGGAUGCCACGGCUGCCGCCUAAAGGCCCCCAACCAGGCCCAGGGCACUUAAUCUCCAAGCCUCCUCCACCACUCCCAUCUUCUCCACGAAGGCCUCCCUUCUGGCGACGAGGAAGCCUAGCUCAGGCAAGGAGAAAAGGCUCAGGAGGUCCCCUGUACGAGAAUAUACUCCCUUUGGGGAGGCGAGGAGGUGGGAGGUACGGAGCAAGCGAUGGAGGUGGAAGAAGAGGGCGACGUCUUCCUCCACCUCCUCCUCUUCCUGUCCCACUUUCCUCCCCUACACACACCCCCACCACUCCCUCCUCCCCAUGCCGUUUCUACUCCUCAUGCUCCAGUGCCUCAUCCUCUUCCUCUUCCUCCACAUCGUCCUCAUCCUCUUCUUCAUCCUCUGUCUCGCUCUCUCGGUCAAAUUCCCCCUCAUCUUGCUCCAGUGACAGCUCCUACAACUCCUCGCUGAGUUUCCGGUAUCGAGCAGGGGAUCGAGAGUUUACGGUGGAUGAUGAGUACGACUCAGAUCUGCUCACAGAGGAGUCCAGCCUCCUCCUGGGGUCACGGAGGAAGAUCCGUUCACGCCGAAUGUCUUCACGCUCACUGCCAUGCAGUCCGCCACCUCCGCCAAUCCCUCCGCGGAAGCCACGUCCUCUGAGAGAUUAUGGCAGAGAGAGGACUGGCAGCCAACUGGCCCAAUUACAGGAGUGGUGGGCAUCGUGGGGAGACAGGGAGCGAGGGAGGGGAGGGACAGCGAGCCGGGGGGAUGGAGGAGUGGGAAGAGAAGAGAAGAGGCACCAUAAAGAGAGGGAGCGCGAAAGGAAGAGGAGGAAGAAGGGCCGAAAGAAGAAGAAGAGGGAGGAGAGGGAAAGAGAGAGGGAGCGAAAGAGGCGCAAAGCAAAGAAGAAGAGGAAGAGAGAGGAUAAGAUGAGAAAGAGAGAGCGGAAGAGGUCAGAGCAGGAAGGAGGAGAUCCUGAAAAGAGAGAGGAUCUCAAAUCAGGGACACCGGACUUCCCGUCAUAUCCGCCCAUGAGGCGAGAGUCCUUUCGGAAAAAGAGUGAAAGCUCCAUCAGAAGCUACGGGUGGAACAUCCCAGGCGAAGAAGAGAGGAGGGAAAGAGAAGAGAAAGAGAGGGAUGAUGGGGAAGACAGUCGAGGAAAGGAAAAACACCACAGGCGAAGAAAUAGCAAGCACUAUCAUGGCUCGAGCAGUAAGCCCUCGACAUCUGUCAAAUUCUGGGGAGGGGGAAACCCAUCCUCCGACACCAUUCCAUCUGCCUUCCUGCCCUUGUUGCCUGUCUCCUCUAAAAGGAGGAAGAGUAAAAGCUCCGACAGGGAUGCUGUAGGAAUGGAGGGAGAGAGGCGGCCAUUGCUGGGACGGAACGGAAGAGGCGAGAUGCACUCCAAGGAGGGGUUGUCCUUCCACGAGUGGGAGUCCGAAGUCGAGGAUGAUGAAGAGGAUUCUGAUCAGGACAGGAGGAAAGAGCGCAGUAAGCGGCGCGGAGGAGGAAGGACAAUGUCCGAUGAGGAGCGGGAACGUGAUAAGGUAGUCGGGAUAUACUCUGAUGAUGAUGGUUCUUCUGGAGAGUUUGGAAAGUUUGAGAGGUACUGGGAGGAUCACGAAGGAAGGGCAGUAGGAGGGAUCGGAGGGGGAGGUUGGUUUUUCAGUACCUACCCCUCCAGGGAUAAAGCUGGCAGCAUCAACAGUAGAGAUGACCUGUUCCUGGAGCGAGGAGAGAGGUGGGGGACAGCAGAGAGCGGGUGGGGGUCUAGUGGAGGUGGAGCUGGUGGUGGUGGUGGAGGAGGGGCUGAUAGGGGAGAGAGAGGGUGGGGAUCAGGAUCGCACUGGCCCCCACCUCCUCUCACGCCGCCACCUCCUCGGCGAUACUGGUCGGUGGACAAGCUCCACAUACAGGACGAGAAGAAGAGUAAACGGAAGUCAAAGGACAAGGGGAGAGGGCACACAGCUUGUUCCUCCUGUCACUCCCCACGACACCAUCCGCAGGCCCAUUCCUCCAAAUGGGCCCGCGUUACCUCGCGAAGCCAGGAAGAGUUGUACCACCACUGCCAGAGUUUUGGUGGUCCCCUGAAGCCCAAACAUGACUCGUCCUCCUCCUCCAAACCUGAUCGCUCACAGAAUCCAUCUAAAUCUGGCAGUCAGUCAAACCUCAGCAUCCAGCAGCGGACACAGAGAACAGAUAGGGAUCGAGAGCGAGGAAGGCAAGCAUCCCCGCCCCCAAACCUCAUACCUAACUUGCCACCCCCGCUCCCUGCCCUUCCAGCUCCUCCGUCCACAUCUCACCCUAUCCAUGUUCCUCCCCUUACCUCGUCCUCUUCUGUAUCCUCUCCUUCUGUAGUCUCAUCCACCCCGGGGGCGCCCCAGUCCUCCUCCAUGGCUUCGGCAAGUGCCAAACUGCAGUACCAGAGAUUGCGCUCUGUACCCCAGCCCCAGAGAUUUCCUCAGUCUCCUCACUUACCCCUCAAAGCCAAGAGCCUUUGCUCGCGAAGGGGCUCGGCCCAUUUCUCCAGCGUGGAGAGUGAGGUCUGAAGUUCUAUAAGGUAUCAAAAGUCAUAAGAGAGCCCUGCAAAGGUGACACUUAGCAGGUCAUCUGGAUCUGAAUCUGCCCGGCAGCAAAUGUGGCUGCGCAGCCAAGUCAGUACCGUAUACGCACUGAGCCCUUUCCUGAAGUUCUGCACAAACAAACAAACCAGAAAGCCAAACAAACCCCAUUGGGGUAGGUCAAAGGGAAACAGGAGCAAUCUUGUGCUUACUGAUGUUUCCUUUCAUUCCUCUCAGUAUGUGAAAGACUACAACCACAGCAACAACUUCUAUUCUGAACUGGGUCAACCAAUACACUUAAAUCAGACAAUAUAGUGGUACAACUGAAGAUGAUCCCUUUGCUAUAGACAGUGAAGGGCUUUGGAUGUUGAAGCAGAGCAGUAGUUUGUAUUCAGAGGAUUCUUAAUGCUUACUGAGGGCUCAGGAACUUUGUAGUACUGUAUGCCUGCUGCUCUCGGAAGCCUUUAACACAGAACAGUGUUCUUAUGUUUUUUUUUUUUCCCUUAAACAAAUCGCUUACCCCUACUUUCCUUUCUCCUUAACAAACUGUUUACACCCCCGCAGAACUGUGACGCCCGCCCAAGGCACCUUUGUUGUGUAUGAUCAAUACCUACUUGUCUAGAGGGACAGGAGGGUGAAAACCACUUUGUCUUCUCUGUGUUAUCCAUGCACCUUCUCUUGAUCUCUUCUCUUUUGUUCCCUCUUAUCUUUUCCCGCAUUUUUCUAUACUCUUACCCCUUACUUUUCUUUCUUUCUCUUCGGUCUGUUUCUCUCUGCUUUCCUGCCUUAUUCGCGUGUCUAUCUUUUCCCCAUCUCUCUUGUCAUCUCCUCUCCUGUCCUCCCUCCCUCUUGGAUCCUCUCUCCUUGAUGUGAUUAUUCUGUGUGUCUGUGCUUUUCUGUGUUUGUAUUCUUGACAACAGGGUAAGUCAACUGUGACUGAUAUUCUGCUGGCUUAAUGAAAAGCUGAGUGCCAAACUUAAGUAGAGCUCGACAUCAAUCUGUACAGCGUUAGCUGCUGUUUUUCCUUUUUAUCUUGCAGAGUUUUCGUCAUCUCCCAAAUACGCACAUGCCAAUACACGCACACACACCUAAAAGUGCAAAAACUCGCAUACAUUCACAUGUAAGGACACGCGCACUUCACAAGUCAACUCAUCUAUUCUCUUUCUUGAGCAAUACAUUCUCGACCCUCUGUUCAUGUUACGAUUUUAUACUUUAAAACCUUUAUUUUACCUCUGUGUUGUAGUUGUUGUUGUUAUUGAUGGUGUUCUGUAUAUCAAGACACAUAUUAAGUCUAAUACAAUGUAAGCACUGUGCCAUACUACUCAAGCUUGGGUGCACACGAAAAGUUCUCUCAACUACCUAACGACAAUGAUGGAGGUAGUGUCUGUUCCCUUCCUGUAUUUGACUGAAUGUAAAGUCAGCCGCCAACAAGUGUGCUGCAACAACAAUUAAGACACUUGAAGAUGGAAACUGUAGCAUUUCUGAUGGUAAAGAACAAAGUAGACUUCAGUUUCACCAUCGACAGUAUUUUAAUCUUGCAGGGUAAGUCUGCAGUAGUUGCUGAAGGAUUAAAUCUGCAUUGUGUUACGGUUUAAAAUUGAUUUAAUCUUUGUGUUUGUUAUUCUCCUGUCAGAGGUCCAAUUGGUGCCAAGGCUAGGAAACCGCAAAUAUUUGCAAAAAUAACCAACCCAGGUUUGCUUGCCAUCGAGCAGGAGAUGCUAGGUGGAGCUUUACAGCUUUGUUAGACACGGUGACAGAUUGUUGCAGGGAAAUAAAUACUUAUAGCCUUAUGCUAAUUGCUCCUGCCAUUUUUUGUGUAAAGUAUGACUAUGAAGGUAUGUAUUUUAAUGCAUUUAAUGUAUGGGGUUAGCCUAAUGCUAACAAGAGUAGUGUGAUCGGAUGGAGAGGAAUUUGAUUGGUGCAAAAUUAUAUUGUGUGAGUGCCGUUUUGAUGUCAACGAGACUGUGCCUAAGUUGGAGGCUAGCUAGUGGAUGAGGCAGGUUUUGAAGAGGUAGCGCUGGAUCUGAGUGAUGGUGUAUGAAAGACACAGUAGCACCUGCUGUGCAAUUUUGUUUUUUGUUAUUAAAGUAUUUCUCACCUUGUAAAUGUGUAACUAAGAGCUAUAGCUUUUUAAUCCAUGACCGAGCUGACACCAGCAGUUACACUCCGAUGUCAAGCACUUAGUCCAAGUAGCCUGUUAGAUCCACCAACAUUAGAAUUCAGCAUCAGGACACUGGACAUCGGUGGAGUUUAAGGCAAGAGCCACUGCACGCAAGACUGGUUGUGUUUCUCAGUCGGUCGUAAUGCCUGAGCCAUCUCUCCCAUAACAGCCUGGUCAGCUCAUGUUGUUUGCCUGGAACUGCAUCUGAGCCAUACUUUACUUCAGCUGAAGAAAACAAAAGAGAACUUAAGUUUUUAACAUAAACUUGUUGUGUAGAGUUUGUCUGACUUUCUUUAUGAAAAAAAUCUAGAUAUAUAUAUCAUAUAUAUAUAUAUAUAUAUAUAUUUGUGGCGGUGGGUAGCGUUAGAAAAAAUUGUUGUUUAGAAUCUUGACAUUUGGGGAUAUUGUUUCUCAUUUCAAGUCCAUUAUAAUAAUAAUAUAAAUAUUAUGUGUUAUCAACACAUAUUUCCUCAUAUUCACUGGCAACAGGGAAAUUCUUUAGUUCAAAUUAUAGACUUGCUUUAUAGGCUGACUGUAUUAAGCCAAGUUGGAGACAGUUCAGUGCUUUGCUUAUUUCAGUCAACGAUCCACAGCUUAUACAAACCUCAGAGAAACCAGGAAGAGCGUGGAGUAAGUGUGACAUGCUUCUCUGCUUUCACACCGCGAGCAACUCAAGUCUGUUUCCCUAAACACAAACAAUCUCUGCAACCUGAGAAGAAUCAGCCUCCCUUUUUUUUCUUUUAAAGGGGGGCUGCAGCUCAACCAUCUGCAGCAUAGGUGAGCUAUCAUAAACAGCUAAUUGUGCAUUAGCACAGCACAACAGCUGCUAGCGGUGUGAACAGACAGUUCGGGUGUUUUUUCAGAGAAAUGAGCCACCCAUCCUUCCUUCUCCCCCCCGCCUCUUUUUCCUCAUGUCUAUCCAUUGUGUUUUGGUGCGUGUCUGCAAUUGUAAAGCUGGUCUGUUUUCAAAAAAAGAAGAGUAUCUGUGGAUAUAUUUAUUUCAUCUAAAAAAAAAUAGCAUAUCUAAAUAUAUAUGAUAGUAUAUUUCAAGACGCUAAGAUCUAUGUUAUAUAAGUUUGUCUACUAAAUUUACGGUAUUAUCUCAAUGAAUAUGUCUUUUUUGUCUGUUUGUCUGUCUCUCCUUGUCUCUAACCUCCUGCCCAGCUCCCUACCCCCCAGCGAAAACAGAGACCAGUACGUAACUGUGUUUUUGCUCACUUAAGACCAACCAUCCGCCUCCAUUAGCUAUCUACUGUAGCUAACGCUAAGAUUUCAACAAAGUGACAACGAGGAGGGGUGCGCGAGUGUCUUAUGACCGUGUCACUGUAGCAGUGGUGGCGUGUGUUUGUCUACCCAGAGGGGCCUUUAUUUUUGGUUUGGGCUACAGAUUAACGACUAAUUAAAACUUUUAUGGAUACAGCAGCUUUUACCACAGCUCUCACUUGUGUAGGGGUCACAUUCUCGACCCUGUUUGGGGUUCACAGUGGACCCUGGAGUUUCUACCGCAGUGUACAGUAGGGUGACCUCUUUGAAACACAAUGUAGCGAGCAGCACAGGCUUUUUUUUGCAUCUUUUAGUAGCUGUAUUACUAUAAAAAACACAUGCACAGCUACCCCUGCCAACCAACCUAUACGGUAUAUAUAAGAACUUUGAUAUACGUACAUAGUGUGUUGUGUCUGCCAAGCUGCUGUGCUGUAAAACAAAAGAGGAAAAAAAAAAGAAUUACACAACAAACACACUGUUUCUUUCUUAAUUUUACAAAACUGGUCAAGCUGAUAUGACACGUGUCAGGGGCAGGGCUAAAGCUGCUCGCUAGCGUGGUUUCCACUAAGGCCAAAAAUGGCCAAACCAGGGCUUUCUUUUGAUAAUCACAUCUUCAAACAACAAAAAUAGUCAGUACCUCCCCUUUUUUUGCCAGCCGGGAAGGAUUCCUAAAUGGUCAAAUAUAAGAACAUGGAAACAACACUGCCUGAGAUAUGAGAUCCUCCCCUCCUUGGCCGACUUACACUUUUACGUGUUUAUGAUUCAUUAAUUUAAGUCAGCAUAGUCAAAAUGAAUUUUUUUCAACACUGCGUUUAGAAAUAUUUGAAGCAUUUACUGGCCCUGAGCCCUGGCAAGCCCAGUUUUAGCCUGCAGUGGAAACACAUCCACAGUUUCUGCCUGUACACCUCUGAACAAUGCCUCAAGGCCUUGUAUUAAUACUGCUGUAUUGAUUGACUGUACGGGAUGAUGGCUAGUUGUGCUACACUUUAUUGUCAGCACCUCACACACACACAUGCAGAUUCACACUCAUGCACACAUUUUCAGAUCCACAAGAGCACAUAUACAAAUACAACCCCAUGCACACACACACACACCACAAGUGAGGGUGGUACAAUGCUGCCACCGCUCUGCUUCAUCUGCCACCAGUGAGGACAUUACUGACAAUAAUGUGCUGUACUGCAAGCAGGACAGAAUUAAAAAGAUGAUUUUAAUAAAGAACUGAAACAUG